UGUUGUCUUUAUCAACCAACCUUCCUCAAGAGUCCCAGAUAUCUCAAGCCGGCCGGCCUGAAGCCUCUAGCUACAUCGAACAAUAUAAUGGCUACAAUUGCACCGCGGUCCGCCGGAGCAUCGCCUAUAGACGCCGAAAACGGCGUGGUCGUCGUUGGUCCGAAAGAGCUAGACGCCGGCGCUCUUUUCGUUCUAAAAUCCCAAGGGUCAUGGUUGCACUGCGGAUACCAUAUGACGACGGCGAUCGUGGCGCCGGCGCUGCUGAGCUUGCCGUUCGCUUUCACGUUUCUGGGAUGGGUGGGAGGGCUGAUUUCUCUCACCUUAGCCGGGAUGGUCACUUUCUAUUCCUACUACCUUUUGUCCGUAGUUUUGGAACACCAUGAUCGUAUUGGGAAACGCCAACUUCGCUUCCGUGACAUGGCUCAUCACAUCUUAGGGCCAGGAUGGGGCAGGUAUUUUGUUGGCCCUCUGCAGUUGACUAUAUGCUAUGGUGCUGUAGUUGCAUGCAUACUCUUAGGUGGACAAUCUCUCAAGUUCAUUUACUUGGUGACUACACCAAAUGGAAGCAUGCAGCUUUACCAAUUUAUCAUCAUCUUUGGAUGCCUAACACUAGUGAUGGCACAAUUGCCAUCUUUCCACUCCCUCAGGCACAUCAAUCUUGUGUCUUUGGUUCUCUGUCUUGCUUAUUGCGCUUGCACAACCACCGGCUCCAUUGAUAUUGGGCAUUCCAAUAAGGCGCCGACAAGAGACUACUCCGUUACUGGUUCUGGAAUUAACCGUGUUUUUGGGAUCUUUAAUGCUGUUUCUAUCAUUGCUACAACUUAUGGCAACGGAAUUAUCCCUGAAAUACAGGCAACCAUAGCACCUCCAGUAACAGGAAAAAUGUUAAAAGGGUUAUUGGUAUGCUACUCUGUUGUGAUCUCUACAUUUUUUAGUGUCUCAAUUUCUGGGUAUUGGGCAUUCGGAAACCAAGCUCAAGGAUCAGUGCUCCAAAACUUCAUGGUUGAUGGAAAGCCUCUGCUCCCCAAGUGGUUCCUUUUGAUGACUAAUGUCUUCACCUUAACGCAAGUAUCAGCUGUAACAUUGACAUAUUUGCAACCGUCAAAUGUAGUUCUAGAGAAUAAAUGUGCGGAUCCGAAGAAGGAUGUGUUGUCAAUUCGCAAUGUUGUGCCACGAUUAAUAGCCCGGUCAGCGACAGUGGUGAUAGCGACGACGUUGGCUGCAAUGUUACCUUUCUUCGGGGACAUCAUGGCAAUAUUCGGGGCGUUUGGUUGCAUUCCUUUAGACUUUAUUUUGCCUAUGGUUUUCUACAAUGUUACAUUCAAGCCUUCUAAGAAAAGCUUAAUAUUCUGGGGAAACACCAUUAUUGCAGUUGUCUCCACGGUAUUUUCAUUGAUCGGGGCAGUAUCAUCAGUGAGACAAAUGGUUCUUGAUGCUAGGACAUAUCGUUUAUUUGCAAACAUGUAAUACACUAGUUUAAAUAGUGAUGUGUCGAAGAA